AUGGCAGACCUACAGCAGCAAAACCUCAUCAAAGAUCAUCCGAUCGGAAAGGGUCUCGAUGAUUUUCACACCACGUUCAACUCGAUCUGCGACAAGGCAGGCAUCUCCUGUACACUGGACGCGCUGGAGCGGCUGGGACGAGAAGGCAAGCAGACCAAUAUGCAAGAUCUCAUAUUAACUCUUAUUCCCAAACUCCGGCUGCUGCCCGUUGCUCGUCUUCUACCUUCCGGGUCAGGCCAUGGCAUCCUUCGAACUGAUUUGAUCCGACUGAACUCAGCAGUCAACUCCGAUGCUUUCGAUUUCGAUAGCAUAAAGCCCCUCCUCUGCUCUAUCCUCGAACGCGACUCUGAUGAGCGCAUCUGGGAACACAUCUACUGCCUGAUAGCCGAUAUCCCACAACCGAUUGCAACCUUCCUUGAGCAAACCCCGUGGGUCUACACCACGAGCGGCAUAAUGAACUCGUCCGAGAAGCGCGAAGAGGUGGACAGGAUCCUUAAGCUGGAGCUUGGUCCUCUCUAUGUCGAUAUUCCUUCCUUCAGCGAGACAUACUUCGGACAGGUAGCUGGCCUAGAGGCAGGGUCCAAGGCUGUCUUCAAGAAGUGCGUGGAGGGCAGCAACCCGCUUUUUGGGCCCGAAGGGUGGCGCGGCUGGCCAGCAAUCACAUCAGAAAAAAAUGUAGUGGCCUGGUUCUACGACCUGUUUCCCCAGCUGGAAGCAUUCGCAGAAGCCUGCGGUGCUGCGCCGGCAUCUACGCUGGCAUCUACGCUGGCAUCUACACCGACACCUGCGCCGAUACCUCGACGAAAGCUGCUGGUACAACCCAACACGCCGCUCCCAGACUCUGUGGGGAAGCGCAGCAUGGACAUCGGCUUUGUAAGGGAUGACCUCAUCACGGCAGCAGAAAGCGGUUCCAGAUAUCGAUGGUCGCACGUUCUCGUGCCAGGCGAGCUGAAGAUGGGUCCGUCUGACGAUAUACCCUCGAUCGCGUGGAUAAGCAUUGCAACAUACGCAAGGGAGGUCCUCUCAGCCUGCAGUACUCGCCGCUUCGUUCUAGCCUUUACCCUCUGUGGACCGCUUAUGAGGCUGUGGGAGUUUGACCGGCUCGGAGGGAUUGCAUCCGAACAGUUCGAUAUCAACAAAGACGGGCUGCAGUUUGUGUUUACAAUGCUCGGGUUCCUGUGGAUGAGCGAAGAGCAGCUUGGCUUCGACCCAGCAUUCAAGAGAACACCCAGCGGCCAGCAAUUCAUCGAGAUCAACCGGAAUGGCGUGAACGAGCGUCUCAUGAUCGAUGGAGCAAUAAUACACCAGCAUUGUAUAGCUGGCCGAGGGACAACCUGCUGGAAGGCUCAUCCUGAAGAGGAUCCUCGGACAGUACUUGUCAUCAAAGAUUCGUGGCAGUUCCCAGAGCGGGACGUAGAAGGCGACCUGCUCCGCAAGGCGACUGAGAAGAAGGUUGUCAAUAUGGCUCGGUACUAUCAUCACGAGAUUGUUCAGGUAGGCGGUACUAAUGAUACUAUCCGGAGCAAUGUGCGCAAGGGGCUGGAUAUCACCAAAGCUUCCAACUACAAGCCAGACUGGACAGACUUUAUGCCGCGCGUAAAAGCGAGAAGUGGCUCGCGGAGAGGCCGCAGCAGCAGCAGCAGCAUCGCCGGUAUAAAGCGGCUAUCUAGCCAGGCUGCCGCCCCUCUACCGAGCAAACAGCCAGCAAGCAGCAGACAGCUCAUCACCACCCUUCCGGACCGGGAACAUAGGCGUACUAUUGUUUGUGAUUAUGGACUGCCUAUCUACAGAGCAAGCUCUCGAGCUCGUCUGCUUGCUGCGCUGGAGGGCUGCAUCGCGGGACACGAGUCUCUGUACCGAGCAGGAUUCCUGCACAGGGAUAUCUCGAUCAACAAUCUCAUCAUCAACGAAGAUCCCAGCAACCCGUCCUGGCAGUCGUUCCUGAUCGAUCUGGACCUUGCUGUUGAGAUACAGCGGGAUAGUACGUCGGGCGCAAAGAGCAUAACCGGAACCAGGGCUUUCAUGGCCAUAGGAGCACUCAUGGGCGAGCUGCAUUCUUUCAUGCAUGACAUCGAAUCCUUCUUCUGGGUUCUCUUCUGGAUCUGUAUUCAUUACGAGGGGCCGGGCAAGGAGAGAACUGUUCUGAAGUUUGACAAGUGGAACUACAUGGAUACAGACGCGCUACUCACGAUGAAAGCUGGUGUGAUUACGAGCGAUGUGUUUACGAGGACAGUCGCACAGCACUUCACUGAUUAUUACCGGCCGCUGAUCCCACUUGCAACUAGACUGCGGGAGGUGAUCUUUCCUGGGAAUGAAUGUUGGAAGCAGGAGGAUCCGACACUGUAUGCCAGGGUACGAAAUAUCCUUGCAGAAGGCUGUACAGACCCUGAUAUUACUAAUUGCUAAAUUUCUUAAAUUCUGUCGGAAUAAAGGCACUUGUAACCCC